AUGAAGGUACAGCUUGAGCCUCUUAUUUCUGAGCUACAAGCCGACUCAAAUAUCAGCUUCCAUUUUACCCAGGGAAGCAACCCCGUCAAUAUGCCAAGGCAAUUCGAAGGCUUCACUGGCCCACCUCCCAACUUUACCUUCAUUGAGUGCGACUUGGAAGCGAAUGCUCGCAUUAUGAGUGCAAUAGAUGCACGGGGAGAUCCAGAGGACACAAUGAGAAUAUGGCAAGCUUCACCCGGCAGUUAUGGAGGCAGGGAUAUCACCCCAGUACUCUCCCGGCUCCUUGAGCAAAUAGAUCAAGACAAUGACAUCGAAGGUAUCAUCGGGUACUCCGAAGGUGCCGGGGUUGCUGCCUCACUCAUUGUGGAGGAGAGCAAGAGAAUGGAGUUGUUUGGACGAAUCCCUCGCCUCAAAAGUGCCAUUUUCAUUGCAGGCUUACCACCAAUGGACUCGGGCACUGGUCGCUUUCUCUUACGUGAUGAAGUUGGCUACCUUAUCAAAAUUCCAACAUGCCAUAUUGUUGGAACACAAGAUACAAUGAUCUGCGGGGCUAUGGCCUUGUACAAUGUGUGCGACUGUGAUACGGCGGACCUUUUUGAUCACGGUGGUGGGCAUAGUAUUCCCCGUGACUCUCAGACAUUGAAAGAGCUUGCCACCACCAUUCAAUCUAUGAUUGCUUCUGUCUAA